CUUGCGCCGCACACGCAACCCUCCAUAGAAGGUCAAUUUAUUAAACCUUUCCCCUCAACCCAUUUCUUAUCAGAGUUUUAGAGUUCAUGAACCACGACCCUCAAUGAUUUCGGUUAUCGGGCGUGUUGCUAAGAUUUCAAAUUUGGCGCGUCAAAUUGUUAUUUUGAUUAGGAUGUGCGACAGUGAUUGGUUGAAGACAGUGUAAUGAAGAUUUUCAGUUGGCUGAUAAUUUUGGAAGAUAUGUCUGUGCCCCGUUUAAUCUUAUGCGACCCACGCUCUCGACCGGGUGGAAGAUACCUGUUAGUGCGACUGGUGUGAUGGGAGUGAGGAUCAGCUGAUCUUUCGGGGAGUCAAUUUAAAAAAAAUACAUAUAUAUAUAUGUAUAUAUGAAUGUGCAUGAAAUGAAGCUGUAGAUGUAUGGUUGUGUGCUUCCGGUUUUCGCGCCAACGUGAUUUCAUCGCGCGCAAAGGAUCUUCCACGUGUCCUCGUAAUUGGACGUCUUUUCCAAAAAGGCAAAGGGAAGUGGUUUAGAGUUUCCGAAGAGUUGAAGAGAUUAGUGAACUUGAUACAGGAAGUCGGUGAAAUAAUUCGAGUGGAAAAAAAUCUGGGCCAAAGGUGCGUGUAUGGAAAAUUCGAGGGCAAAAGGGAGAACAACGAGGGGAGAAGAGAAAAACGAGGCAAGGUGGCCUCGCGAAAAGUGAAGGACAACGGAAGAGGGAAAUAUGUCGAGCGUCGCGGAGAGUCCUGACGGAAUGGCAUUACAGUCACACUAUUCCCUCCGAUGGAAUAAUCACCAAGCCCACAUUUUGCAGGCCUUUGAGGCUCUUCUACAUGCUGAAAUUCUCGUCGACGUGACCUUAGUUUGCACGGAAACCAGUAUAAGGGCGCAUAAGGUCGUCCUCAGUGCCUGCAGUCCAUUCUUUGAGAGGAUAUUCGCUGAGCAUCCUUGUAAGCAUCCGGUCAUAGUGUUAAAGGAUUUUCCAGGUCGUGAGGUAGCCGCAUUGAUCGACUUUAUGUACCGUGGUGAAGUUCGCGUGGGCCGUGAAGAACUUCCUGGUUUGAUGCGAGCCGCGGAAAGUUUACAAGUGCGAGGUCUUGCAUCCUCUGAACCGAGACCGGCCAGUCCGCCGGAAACACCAACCACCGAUUUGAUGGGUGAGCCAUCAACGCCCGAAGGUGCGAGACAAGGAACUCCCGAAGAGGACGACAACGUCUCGGAAAGUACGGCACCAGCCAGCAGGGAUAUUUUCCCUAGGGACCACAGAUUACCCCACAUGAGCCACCUGAACUUCUCUUUGAGAGAACUCCGUGACUCUUGUGGAUCACCCCUAAUGCCGAGAAGGAAGCAAGCCAGGCCGAGGAGAAGGUCCGGCGAGUUGGUUCCACAGGACCUCAGCAGACCCCAUCCACCGGCCAGUAUCAGCCCACCAUCGAGUGGUCUGAACCUUAGCAACAACCAACAUCAACAGCAGCAACAUCAGUCCUCGCCCAAUCAGCAGGAAGACAUAGCUGAAAACCUCUCUAUGAAGAGGUCCGUUUCCCCUCCCGGUAUCAACGAACACAACAUAAAGACGGAAAGUGAAGAUGCCAGUAGUCCGAGAGGAUCUCCCUUAACUGGUACAAGUCUUCAUGCAGAGGGAUCACUGCCCGAUCUACAACAGAGUCUUCCCACUAUGACGGCGUUAUCCCUAACCCCGCCGCAUCAUCAGAGUGAGUACCUGACAAGUUUGGGACAACUGGCGGCGCAGUGGCUCCCAAAUCACCCCCAAAGUCAACUCCACGGUCACCAUCCACGGGAAGACAGCCCGCACAACAGGUCUCAUCCCUACCAACAAGGAGACUCUCCCAUGACUCCAAGAAGGUCAGUCGCAAUUUUUCCCAUGGAUGGAGUCACGCCCUUAGGAGGUGCAGCCGGCCUCUUUCCACAUGGUGGUCUGGACCGAGGGUCGCUUUUGGCUGAUCUCCAUGAUAGCUUUAAGCCCGAAACCCUACAUGGCCUAUUUGGCGGAGCCAGUCUGGGUCACCACCCAGGCAAGAAGCCAAAGAAGCACCGAGGUGACGGGGAUGGACCCAGAAGGUGGAGUGAUCAUGGACGCGGUUUGCCUGUCGGCAGGCCCAAAGGACAACACAGUGCACCCAGAGGUGGACCUCCCAGAUCAUGGACCAAUGCUGAGCUCACUGAGGCUCUGCAGCAUGUUUGGAACAAGAAGAUGACAACCUCUCAGGCGAGCCGAAUCUUCGGAAUUCCUUACAACAGUCUGCUGAUGUACGUUAGAGGAAAGUAUGGAAAGAGUCUCAAACUCGAGCAGCUCCGGAGGGACUGCACUGGUGCAACGACCGGGGAAGUGAUGAACUCAUUGAACAACAAUGUCAAGGCUGCCGUCCAACCACCCCAGAUGCCCCAUCCACUUUCCGGCAUGACCCAUCCUGGCGAUGACAACCCUUUCCCACACCAUCCGCUCCUGGGUGGUAAUCUUCCUCAGGGAUUCUUCCCGGAUUUUGGUGCGGCUUUCCCGGUCCCCGUCAGUAUGGUUCACCUCUUGCCGCCUAGCGAACAAAAGGCGUACGAGGCUCCGAAUCCAACCAGUGGGGGAAACUGUGGCAACAGUGGCACCAGCAGUGAACGCACCACGAGAAGUAGAUCCCCAUCACCGAUGCCACCUAACCAUGAGAGCAUACCACAGCCUCCUCAAUCAGCGCCAGCGCUUCUUCAGCAAAAUGGAGCCAAUUAGGAGGACUCGGUCCUGGGUCAAGAACUGGCACGAGAACUGGUAUUUUGGGAUUUUGGAUCCAGUCUUUUUGGAAACCACGAACCAGUUUUAUCGGCAUGGAGGAAUCAAUUUCUUUGAGAACCAGGAUCCAGGAUCGAUAACCACACGAGGCUACAAGAUCGCUCACCGUCACCCCGGAAUGCUCCUCACAAGACUGAUUCAUCAGCAGGGUAAAUCGUCGAAUGAUUACGUUUACCCUGCGUUAUGAAACUAACGUUCGCGCAUGCAUGCUCUUUUUUUUAAUCACUUUCAAGGCCAGCCGCACGCCAGAAUACGCUGAUUUUUAUUGUCAUUUCAUUUCUCCGUCGACUGCUUAACUCAAACCCGAAAUGUCCGCGAAUGAAACUCCAGUAACUAGGAAACUUUCCCGGUUGAUUCACAAAUUGAAGAUAAAGCGAGGGUCGGAUUUAGUCGGGGGACAUUGAAAUAACGUUACUCCAUCUAGCAAAGUGAACCAUUUUUUUCCAUUAUAACGUGUACAAUUUUUGCUCAUUCUCAAUACUGUGCAAUUAAAAAGGUGUUGGGACAAAUUAUAGGAAAGAACUAUUUUUAAUUUUAAGGUAAGGAGGUGAUUCUAUGUAGAAGAACAGAUUCUUAAUUAAUAAUUUGUUUAAAAAAUACUUCAUUCAUUUUUUUUUAUUUUCAAAAUUUUAUGCAGAGCAUAAGAUUAUUAUUCAGGAUUAUGAGGACACCUAAAAAACUUAUAAUUGAAAACAUAACCUCACUUCUUGCAGGUUGUCUUCGGAACAAAAAUAGGGGUUCUAUGACGCGGAAUGUAAUAAACUUUUUAAUUAUUUGUUACAAAUUAUUAUACCUAUUUCGGAAAUAUCCUUCGAGAAAUGAGCGCAUGUUUUAAUCGAUAAUUUUAUAUGAAUUUAGGUGCCUUCAUACUUCUGGAUGGUUCAAAGGAUUUUCAAGCCUAGUCUUAAGUGUUAGCAAAAAUUAAAGACGAAAAAAUAUACCUUUUUCUAGAAGACAAGAAUUACAUUUUUUCAAUGAUUUUUUUUCAAUUUUUGCAAAUUUUUGGUUGUUGAGUUUUACGGGCCUUUCAUUCGCGGACAGUCAACAUUGCUACAGACAGUUCCUGCUAUAUACUGAGCGUUAAUAUACCAAAUAGUGCUGUACAUUAAUGAGAGAAAGAGUGAGAGAUAAACGCUGAUAAGAUAGUCCGGACACGGCUUGUCCGAAUUUGUGAACCUCGAAUCGCUUUUUUUUUUAAAUGAUAAAUAGGCGCGAUUCCCGUUAAGAGAAAGGCACCACGAUUAUAUAAAAGGAGGGAUUUUAUCAUUUAUCAAAUAGGCUAUGAUUUAAUGCUCGUUUAAUUUUUAUAAAAUGCAAAAAGUACCAAAGAAAGGGCAGUAUUUAUCGAUAGGCGAGCAUUUUUAACGUGUGCAAUAAAAAUUGCGACUGCGUCUUAUUUUUAGUUACUUGUAGUUAAUAAGAGUUUAAUGAUUUUAGUCACGUGGUGUCAACAGUCGUUCCUGUCCUCACGGAUUUCUCAUUCUUGAAUUUUGUAUUCUUGUCCAUUUUAUUUUUAUUUUUGUCGAGUUAGAAAAUUACUCUCAAUUUAGAACCGAAGUUUAUAGCGUCUUAGCUUUAUUAUUUCUGGUAUCGGGAGCGAAAUCAGAACGGGAGGGAAUCAGGCUUAAUUUUGGCUCGAAAAUUCGGAGUAAAAAUUUUAUUUUUCUACGAAAUUAGUGAGGAUUUGAACGACUUGUAAGUGGAUUUGCGUUUCUCUUAACGGUGAUCGAUCGCAGUUUACGCACACACAAAAUAAUAGGUAGCGAAAUCUUUCUACAAUGGUCAGGGGUAAUCACAGGGUGUCACGAGCUUGCCAAGACUGUGGAAAAAAAGAUGAUCUCUUUUCAUGUUCAUUUUGCCCCGAAAACGUGGGAUUUGUGCAAUUACGUUUUAUUAUUUCGAAUUGUCAAUAAACUUUUUUAAAAUAUAAUUUUUUUAUACCUUUAAUUAAAUCGUUUAUUUUUUUCCUUCUGUUAAAAUCACACAUUAUUUUAUUUUUUAACGUUUUAAAAAAAUUACGAGUUUUUUUUAUGAUUAACAUUUUGGCAAGCUCGAAGACUGAACCUUGCUUCAGAACGAACAAAAGCGAGAGAAAAAAUUGCGAUGAACUCAAAUCGUAGACCACACUUUUAACAACAAUAUUUCGAAUUUUGACAACCAGACGGAAGCGCAGGGUAACUAACACAUCAGGGAUAGCCACAGACAAAUCUACGAUAGAUAAAGAAAAACUACAUAUUAAACUAUAAAGGUAAAACUAAUUCAUAAAGAAGAAUUAUAAAGCGUACGUUUAUUUCGGUAAAAAGAGAAAAUGAGUGAAUGGGAAUUAAUGAAAUUGAAUGAACGAAAGUGAGUACAAGAAAUUGAGUGAUUGUAUUAAAGGAGUUGUGAAGAAAAAACCGUUAAAAACAGCGACUGUGGAUAUUAUAAACAAUUAAAUACUCUACAAAAAAUCGACGGAGGUGCAACCGGUAUGGAAGAUAAAAAGUUUAGAGAUUGCAGGCUUUCAGCCCCAAACAGCCUGUCAAAUACAAACUGAUAUUAUUAUUGAUUAUUAAUGCUAUAUAAAUAUAUAUAAAUUAUUCUAUAUACAGGGUGUUCCAAAAGAGUUUAUAACUGCUGCGACGAACUGCACCGCUCUCUCUCUUUCUCUCUUCCUCUUUCUAUCUCUCCCUCUCUCUCUGUCUCUUUGCACCAAAGGAUUGUAAAUAAUUUAGAUUUAAAAAAAAAUUAGAAUAAUAAUCAAUUAUGGUUAAUAAUCAAUUAUGAUUAAUAAUCAAUAAUAAUGAAUCUCAAACUUCACUAAAAGUGCAAUGAAACACACAAAAAAAGGCAAAGACUUUUUCUAAUCUUCGACUCCGCGAUUCAUAUAAAAGAAUCGCAGGAGGAAGCGGUGCCGUUCCGUCGAGGAUGGUUCUAAGAAUUUUUUUAAUCCACUCUGUCGACAAGUGAUUACGUUUUAAUAAUGUGUGAGAACUCGUGCGAAUAGUAUGGAGA